GAGAAAUGCCAAUUAAUCCUGUUACAGUGUUCACAUGGGUACAUUUGUAUAGUUUCUAGAUAGACUUCAAACUUUAUUAAACCCGAGUAAAAACAGGUUUAUCUUGACAUGAAGCUGUUGUCUCCCACAUUCUUCACGAACCCCUGAAAGCACCAGUUUAGGUGUCCUCACAGCUGCCUGAGAAAAAAAACAAAAAAACGUAAAUGUCACUACUAGCAACAGCGCCGCUUUCUGCCCUUCAAUGGUGGACUUCUUCCUCCACAUGCUAAAGUUUCAGCCUGCCACAGCUUGUGCAGAUCACUGACGCAGCUUUAGGACUCUGCUCUUUCAGUUUCGCUGUUUUCGGUGUAAUUAGCGGUUAUGGAGUGUCGCGUGCUGUCCAUUCAGAGUCAUGUUGUCAGGGGAUACGUCGGGAACAAGUCGGCGACGUUUCCGUUGCAGGUUCUGGGCUUUGAAGUGGACUCCAUCAACUCUGUGCAGUUCUCCAAUCACACAGGCUACGCCCACUGGAAAGGUCAAGUACUGACAGCAGAGGAGCUAAAUGUGCUGUAUGAAGGCAUUAAGCUCAAUAAGGUGAACCACUAUGACUACAUCCUCACAGGCUACAGCAGGGACACGUCCUUCCUGGAGAUGGUGGUUGACAUUAUUCAGGAGCUGAAGAAGGCCAAUCCCAGCCUGGUAUAUGUUUGUGAUCCUGUUAUGGGAGACCAUGGUGCUAUGUACGUUCCAGAGAACCUGUUGCCGGUCUACAGGGACAAAGUUGUGCCUUUGGCCGACAUCCUCACCCCCAACCAGUUUGAAGCAGAGCUAUUAACUGGGAGGAAAAUCAACACACAGCAAGAUGCUGUAGAGGUCAUGGACUUGCUUCAUAAAAUGGGUCCAGAGACCGUGGUCCUCACUAGUACAGACCUGCCCUCGAAACAUGGGGACCAGUUCUUGGUCGCUCUUGGGAGCCAAAAAAUAGUGAAACCAGAUGGGACCAACAGCAGUCAGAAAAUCUGCAUGGACAUCCCCAAAGUGGAUGCUGUAUUUGUGGGGACAGGAGACCUUUUUGCUGCCAUGUUGCUAGCCUGGACUCACCAUCAUCCCAGAGAUCUGAAGACUGCCUGUGAAAAGACAGUUUCUGUCAUGCACCAUGUCGUUAAGAGGACCAUUACUUAUGCCACUGAGAUGGCUGGUCCUGGGAAAAGGCCCAGUCCUGCACAACUAGAGCUGAGGAUGGUUCAGAGCAAAGCCGACAUCGAGAAUCCUGCCAUUGUAGUGGAAGCUAAGGUUUUAUAGAGGUCUUCACGGUGAAGGCAGAAAUGGUUUCAUGAACAUUCACAUCACGCUGGUACAAAAAUCAGCUUCAAAUCUGGGCUGUCUGCCAGGCACAUGUAGGAUUUUCACAUCAAAGACAGCCGUGUGUCUCUGCCUUACAGAAUCUCUGAAGUUUUCAUGAGAUGGGUCAGCCUGAUCUGUUGUAUGUACAUUCUGCUCACUGCCACAUGUGUCUGUACUGUGGCCUGUGUAGACAUCAUCUGCCCCUAAAAAGAAAAAAAGGACAUUAGCCAGUUUAGGUUUAACAGUAGUGUAAGUGUACUUGAAUCUUCUUUAACAUGGUGAAAAUUAUUUCUUGCUAUGAAACAAGUCAUCUCAGAAAAAUAAACAAAACCAGUGAUGCAUGCAUGACCAUGCCUCUACUUGUUUAGAUUAUGAUAGUGUGUAAUAAGUAGGCACAUGUAUGUUAAGUGUUGCUCACAAGACAUUAUAAGCACAUGAAGUAAAUUAAUUAAACAUGAAUUGAACUAUAACACAAUUAAAAAAUUUAUAAAUAGAUUACUAUAUAUAUAAUUUUAACAAUGAUGUCAGAUUCACAACAUAUUAUUGCACUGGAAGUUUUCUGAAAUGAUUCUAAUAAAAAGUAUGGAUGCAUGCAGUGUGCUUAUAAUGUACUGUGUGUGUUUUAUCAUGCACUUUAAGUAAAGUGUUGCCACCUAUGUACAUGCAGAUCGGAUGUAAGUGCUGAGAUGUGCAUUGUAGCUCCCACAAAAUGUCAAACAUCUUAUGCAAUUUAUAUAUGUAGUCUAUAAAGAAUCAUUACCCUGAUUUGUUUUACUUAGUUUUGCUUUGAAACAAACUGUAACCUAAAUGAUAAUCAUGAUAAUAGUUGAUGUCUAAAAUUUCUUUUAUUCAAUUUUCUGAAAAAAUGUUGUUUGAUUUUUUUUAUUAUUAUUUUUUUUUAUGCUUUGCUUUCUUGAAGUAGCAGAUGUGUAACAUGUUAGAUCCAUGUUUAACAUCUCAAAUUGAGGUAUUUGCACAGAUAAUCUUUAAUAAUAUAUUUACAAAUGAUCAUUGAUUUCAUUUUUAACUGUUGUCAUAUCUCUACAAAAAGAGUCAGAAUGAAAAGACCACGCUGUAUAAUAAAUAGCCUUAACAGGGAUAGGAAGAGAAGCAUUGAUUGUGAAUGUUUUGUUUGUGUACCAAUGUAAUAGUUGAUCCUCACAGAUACUGUUAGAAAGUCAAGUGCCAAACCUUGAGCUGCUGUUCUGAUAUAGAGCAAUAGAAGAACAGAUAUAAUAAAUUAUGAAUCUUUUAGUAAA